GGGUCACGGAGAAGAAAGAGGGCCAGGCAGUGCCAGGAGUCAAGGCUGGUGGUCGCAUCGCCCAGCUGUCACUCACCUGUCUGCCAGCUGUCCCCAAGAUAGCCAUGAUGCCUCACCGUCAGAAGAGUCGGCUCUGCAGGAUGGAGGGAGACCUGCAGGCUCCAGGAGGGGUGCCUGGCAGGGCGUGGGUGAGGCUUCCUGUGUCUCAGGAACCCGAGUCCACUGCCGCCGCCUCCUCUACCCUGGCCUUGCCUACCCAAAGGGAAGUGUCUGCUGCUGGGCCCCCGAUUCGUGCUCAGAGCCGUCCAAGCACCUCCUCUGGCACUGGCAGUGCCGCCACUGCAAGGCGUGAAUCCCGGGGUGGUGCAGAGGCCUGCCAGGAUGCAGCAGACCUUAGGGCCCAGCAUGAGAACGCACUAGAUAUAAAGAUGGCUGAGUUGCUGCAGCUCCUCCUCCUGAAAUAUCGGUUGAAGGAGCCGAUCACCAAGGCAGAGAUGCUGUCUCAUGUGACCAAACAGUACGAAGCGUACUUCCCUUUCAUGUUCAGGAAGGUGUCUGAGUGCAUCCAGGUGGCCCUGGGCAUACAUGUAAAGCAAGUCGACCCCAUUCGUCACUGCUAUGUGCUCGAAACCGCCCUGGGCCUCACCUACAAUGGGAUGCAGGAUCAUGACAGGAGCAUGCCCAAGACUAGCUUCCUGAUCAUGGUCCUGGGCCUGAUCUUCUCGAACGGCAACCGUGUCUCUGAGGAGGAGCUGUGGGAAGCACUGAGUGCGUUAGAAGUAUAUGAUGGUAGGGAGCACUACAUCUACGGGGAGCCCCGGCGGCUCCUCACUGAAGAGUGGGUGCGGGAAAGGUACAUUGAGUACCGACAGGUGCCCUGCAGUGAUCCUGCUCGCUAUGAGUUCCUGUGGGGUCCCAGGACCCAUGCUGAAACCACCAAGAUGAGAGUCCUGCAGUACCUGGCCACGUAUUAUUCUGUGGAGCCCGAAUCCUAUGCAUCUCUGUAUCUAGAGGCUUUGAGAGAGGAGAACCAGAGGGCCCGACUAGGAGAUGCAGCCUGAGCCAGGCUCACUGCCAGCCACUUUUCCCACCCUUUGGAAAUCCGGUUCCAUUCUUCCUUAAGGACUCUGGUCAGCGGUCAGAGUGCGACAAGGCCAGGGUGGGUU